AUGAGACCAUCUUUCCAUCUCGGGGCCUCUCAGCUCACCCUCCUCUUCCUCACCCUGCUCUGCCCCGUCCCAUGGACGGCGUGGUCGUGCCCCCUCUCCUUCGCAGACACAAUGGACGGAUCUGAUCUGGAGUCUGUGCUGCAGCACCAGGCGGCUCUGGACCAGCUCGUCGCCCCUCAGCUCGUCCACCAAGCGCUGCUGGAGCCCGGGCAGGAGGCCGAGGAGGCCGGAUCCUGGGAGGAGGAGGCGCUGCUGAGAGCCCAGAGAGGAGACCUGAUGGCCCGGCCGCUGCCCCCCUUCCCUGAAGGUCACUCUCUGGAGAACUACCACUACCAGGACGGAGGAGAAGGGGAGGAAGGGGGGAAGAGGAACGAAGCUCUGACCUCCAUCAUCGGGGGGCUCCAGGCUGUCAACCGGGAGAAGGGGGGCUUCGGUUUCCGCUUCGGGAGGAAAAGAUGGACUGACCGG